AUGCAGAUCCUAUCAGCCACAUCUGUCGCUCUAUGUUCCGUCUUGUUGUCUACAUUAGCAGACGCAGCGGCAACACGAAUGCGACCUCGUCACGACCUCGUUCGCCACGAGUGGCAUGAGCCUCGGCACAUCCAAGGAUGGAAGCGCCGCAAUCGCCUGGCCGUCGCCUCGACGGAUCAUCUCCUGCCCAUGCGCAUCGGCUUCGUACAGGCCGACGCCGCCGUCCAGAACGCACACAGCAUGCUCAUGGACCGCGCCGAUCCGGCCUCGCCCCUCUACGGCCAGCACCUGACGGCGACCGCUGUGGCGGACCUGUUUGCCCCCGCCGACGAGGCCGUCGAAGCUGUCAAGAGAUGGGUGGUGGAGUCGGGCGGAGUCGCUGCCGACCGCGUGUCUCUGUCCGCCAACCGGCAGUGGCUGCAGUUUGACGCGCACGUCGACGAGGCCGAGCUGCUGCUGCAGGCCAAGUUUUACAGCUACGAGCACAUACAAAGUGGUGUCAACGUGACGGCAUGUCCAGAAUAUCAUGUCCCGGCGGCGCUGCAGCAGCACAUUGACUACAUCACGCCCGGCACCAAACUGGCGUCGUACGGAUUCAGCGACGGCGUCAAGGCCCUGGGUCUGCGUCGGCGAGAGAAUGAUACAGACGGAGCCCGGCUGCAGCGCAGGACCGAGCAGGCGGCAGCCACGGCAGCCACGAAAGCAACGACAGCGGGAGCGCCUUGGGUCACAGGCGGCUGUGACGAGUUUGCCACGUUUGAGUGCAUCCGAGCGCAGUACGGCCUUCCGGUGCCCUCUUCGUUGUCGAAGGUGACGCCUGUGUCGGGCAACCAGCUCGGCAUUUUUGAGACAGCCGGCCAGCACUACUCGCAAGACGACUUGGAUAUUUUCUUCUCGUACACGGCGCCCGAGAUUCCCGACGGCACGAAGCCCGAACUGCGGGCCAUUGAUGGCGCGACAGGGCCGGCCGCGACGCAGGACACGGCCGGUGCCGAGGCGAACAUGGACUUUGAGGUGGCCAUGCCACUGGUGUGGCCGCAAAAGACGGUGCUCUUCCAGGUGGACGACGAAUACUACGAGAAUGCCAUGACCAGCGGCUCGGGCAAGGUGACGGGCAUAUUCAACAGUGAGUUCGAAGCCCCUCGUCUGUUCUAG